AUGAACAUACACGAUUACAUCGUUAGCGAGAACCUGCCGGGAAAUUUGUCAUUGUCCACAUCCGAUAGUGUUUACGGAUUAGAUCCUCUGUACAACCCCUAUGGUACCAUUGCCGCUAUACCAUUGAACGCGACUCCGAACUUUGAUAAUUCCUCAAACUAUGGCUACGGAGAUGUUGCUGACGCAUCGAUCGCUACCGCUUCUUCUGGAAACUCACCGAUCUCCAAUCCCGAAGAUGUAUUGCGUGAUCAUCAGCGAAUUAAUGAUAGCGUGGACUCGACUGAUGAACAACAGGUCAAUACGCAGAAGGACCCUUCCUCGGGAUUGUCCUAUGAUCCUCUGGCUGGGUUGGCUGCCGCCGCCGCCAUGGUCUCAUGCGGAGGGGAUAAGAAUCUCGCUCAAUCUACUGUAUCCGACCCCAUGAGCGGUGAUACAGAUAUUCGUCGCAAUCACCAUCGUAGACCCUCUCAUCUGAUGCCUCUAAAUAUUUCCUCUCAGCCUAGUAUGUACGAUCUUAGAUUUGCGGAAUCUCUUUCUAGUUCUCCAUCCUCCGUUGCCAUGCCUGCGACUCCUGUGUUCUUUGAACAAACCUUUUUGGACGGCGUCACAAAUACAACUAUGACGGAAGGAUAUGCUUAUAUUAAUCCCGGCAUUUCAACUGAUCAAUUACUGGAACGUGCUACGAUCUCUAGAUCCCCAAGCUUUGACAGUAUGUCCACUACUCCUCAGCAUGGUUCGGUUUUCAGUUCAGAGAAGAUUAUUGAAAACCCUCCAACAAUCAUUCCUACUGCAAUUAACAUCACACAGACUUACGCUUCCCAACAAAAUUUUGCUCCGAUGUUAACUCAAACUCCGAGUACUAUUGACUUUGCAGAAUCAGAUUAUUUCAGCAGUAAACAACUUCAGAGGCAACAGCAACAAAGGCGACGUAGGAGUAGCUCCACAUCAAAUCCCCCAAAUAUUAAGGCCGAACCUUGUACACCAGCUCUUUCUCCUCCCGAGUCUCCUAACGACACCGCUUCUUCCGCUAGCUCCUCCCCACCAUCUCCGUCUCCCCCGCACACGCCAACCUACAUGCGUAGGAUGUCAAUUUCUCCUACGAUCAUGGAAGAAGAAGAAGACAUGCUGACUUCAUCAUCAUCUGUAAACAAUUCCAACAAUAUGCCACUUGUUACUUCCGGCUUCGUGUCCGACAUGUCGUCCACCGUCAAUCCGAGGCUCACUCAGAGUGCCCCACCGAACAUUAUGAGUUCCAACAAUCCCUCUACGAUGGGCGAAAAGACCGUCAUGGUCUUUACCUCAAAAGUCGCCCAGAAGUCCUAUGGAACUGAAAAAAGAUUUUUGUGUCCUCCGCCCGCAACUUUAAUUUUGGGAUCGAGUUGGUGGUCACCUUCUCCACAUAACUUGAACCAUUCAACGUCAUCUACAACGUACAGCCCGCCUAAAAUUUCCGUGGGUAUCUCCGGCGAGCAGAAUCAUCAACAUGGAAUCCUUGAAUUGAUCAACCCAUCGGGCAAUCCGCUCGAUCCUAAUUCCUGUUCAGAGAUGGCAUUCAGCGGAAAAUGUGUGUCCAAGCAUUUGUACAUUAACGAUGCUGAUGAGAAGCGUAAGAGGGUUGAGGUCUUGGUAAAUAUUCAGAGUCCCCUGGGUCAUGAUUUUGGUACGUUUGCAAGCAAGCCAAUUAAGGUCAUCAGCAAGCCUAGCAAGAAGAGACAGAGUGUUAAGAAUAUGGAACUCUCCAUGCAAAACGCCAAUCAAACUUUUGGCCCCUGGAAUUACGGUAAUGGCCACAUGUCAUCCAACCCGAACGAGCAACCUCAGCCGUGUUUCGUUGCUCGAACCGGAAGCUGGGAUCCGUUUACAAUUUGGAUAGUGGACCCACAUUACGUUAAGGGCAAGGAUGAUCAUUCGUCUCAAACCAUCAAUCACACUUUCCCUCGCCCGCCGCCGUCUGCACUUAAAACGGUCAAUGGCAGUCCGGUUCCGAUUCAUUAUAAUCAGCAAGUCGUUUUGCAAUGUAUGACAACCGGGAUGACCAGUCCAACCAUGGUGAUUCGUAAAGUUGAUAAGGGUAGUAUGGUAAUUGGCGGAGGUAUUGUGGAAGAGUUGAGUGGAUUCGGUGAAGCUGAAGAAGGCGACCCUGUGUCACAACUUCACAAAGUAGCAUUUCAGAUUAAGGACACCAAUGCCUCCUCCUCUCCAUCCACUUCCCCCACAUUUCAACCCGCAAAUCGUCAGCAUCCUCCAGGUCCAGGAACUUAUCUCGCUUGUCUUGGUGACAUUGUUGGAAUGCAACGAGCAAACGAGGGUCGCAAAAUCAUAGCACAACCUUCGUCGUUGCCGAUUAACGCCUUUUUGGGUAUGAAGACAAAUCCAUCAUCAUUAUCUGAAAUUCCGGCAGUGGUUGCCGCAGCUUGGGCAUCUGACGCCAUAGACUUUCCUGUUAACGUUUCCUCAUUAUCAGAAUCUGCUGUAGUCUCCACCGAAGGUGGUAAGGUCAUUCGUAAGCGGCGUGUUUCCUCGUCAGUAGUGGUCAGACCAACAUCGCAAUCAUCAAAAGCUGCAUUGGCGAAGAACAGGAGGAGGGUUAAUAGCUUGAGUGGCGUGGCAAGUGAAGUUGACCUUGCAAAGUUUGCAGCGAAUUCCAGGAAUUCAGUUGGACAUCGAAAUCAUGAUAAUGCCGGUGCUUUGUGGACAGAAGAUGUCACAGAUGCCGCAGUUUGGACGAUUGUUGGGACUGAUUGUGCGACGUAUACGUUCUAUUCUCCGCAAAAUGUAGUCACCAAUCCAUCUCACCACGUAUCAUCGUUAUUGCCAUCCACUCCGUCCACACCGGUGACGCCUCUUCCAAUCGUCUCAAGCAUCCAACCAUCAUCACCCGGAUCAAAUUCGGCAACACCAAAUACCAUCACUAUAAGUGGCGAAAACUUCACUCGGGAUCUAAUAGUGUGGUUUGAUGAUAUUCCAAGUCCGAAGACAGAAUUUAGAUCCAAAGAGUGUUUGGUAUGCUGCUUGCCAGAAGAAUUAAUGUACGAGAUGGAACAUCAACAUAAUAUUAAGCGGGACAUUAGCCUUCAGGGCCGACAUCUUCAACUCCUCCCUAACGGAAGGGUUGGUGUCACUGGGCGACUCAUUUUAUUAAGUCGUGGAGAUGGGGUUGUGUUCAAAACCGGGAAACAAAAGUAUGAUCAAUACAUACCAACAAUGAAAAAGCGCGUCAAAAUGUACGAGGGCAGCAAAAUAUCACUCGCGCAAACAUACAUUUGGUGUCUUAGUGAUAAAUCAAAACGUACCAUAAUGGAGGCGGUUGUCAUUCCCUCGGAAAUUUGGUAUGAGUUAGCACAAAUUGCCACAAACAUCAAAGGUCUGGAAAUUACAGAUCAUAACAAGCCUAACGAAGGGCUGCCAUCCUUUAUUCGAGCUCAAAAACAUUUGGAAAAAGUAAAGAUCGAACUUAAGGGACAUCCGAAGUGGUCACCGUUGAUUUAUCGUGCAGUCAAAACCAAGGCAUCUUCCCUCACCCACCUGGCUAUAAUCGAUUCUCUCGAUUUCAUUAAUAAUAGCCAGUUUUCACUCAAUUGGAUCGCAGAGUGCGUAAAGUUACAAGAGUUCAAGCUACACACACCGAAUUCAUUUGACGAGAACUCUUUAGAGAUUAUAUCAUCAGUUUCGUUUCCCUCAUUAACAAGAUUGGAUCUUUUCUCUCUAAUUUUGAGCAAAGAUCACGUAAAGCUGAUCUGUAAUGCUGCUGGUCAAUUAAAAUCAUUAGGCUUACUAUGGAGGUCUUGUGGUGACGAGAGUGCAAUUAUCUAUCAUAUGUUAUUCAAAACAAUCAAGAGUACUUGCGGAAAUUUACUUGAAAUUGAGCUAACGAUUCCGAACACGAAGAUUUCGUUGAUACCACCAUUACUAGAGGGGCUUAAUAACUUGGAGAUUGCUAAAUUCUCACAGUUCUGUCCUACUCAACAGGAGCGUGCGCUUGUUGAAAUCGACAUAUCCAAGUUACUAGCAACAUUAGGAAGCGUGCUUCCUGUAAAUUUACGCAAACUUUGGUUUAAAGCAAAUUGGAUUUUCAGUUUUGAGUGCUUCAGUUCUUUCCUAGAUGAUGCCGAGAGUAGGCUGAUGAAAAAACCCUUGUAUUUUUUGUUUGGUACUAAGUUUCCCGGGAACUGUCAUUUUAAGCUUUAUCAGUUAUACGUUAAAAGAGGAUUGCUGGAUGGCGAGUCAUUUGUCGAGAAUGGUCUAAAAUGGAAAAAAUUCAAAGUUUUUUGA